UCAAUCACAUCCACAGUAUACAUGCAACCCAAUGUCCCUUGUCAGCCAGAGGGUUCAUGGUACAGUGGCAAGGUAAAGAUCAUUGUGCAGGACUCUGUAUUCCAAAAGUCUACAGCAUACAGAAAUGCAGCAGCAACAGUUAGGCUCGCACAGGAAGACCCUUCUGAAUGGAAACCAAUCCAUGUCAAGUACAGUGAUGGUGGAACAGAACAUCGCACCCUACUGGUCAAAGUUCAGCUCAGUCUGAUAGCAAUAUUUAAGAUGCUAAGACUGGACAUGCUCAUUGCCUGCAGAGCAGCUCCAGGCCAGAGCUGGCAGAAUCCAGUUGAGAGAGUGAUGGCUAUACUCAACAUCGGCCUGCAGAACUGUGCAUUGGAGAGAGACAAGACAGCAGAGGACAUGGAACACCUGCUGAAGAGGUGCAGUUCAAUGGCAGAGAUUCGCAAAGCGGGCGAGAAAAACCCACAGCUUGCUGAGGCUUGGAGCACUUCAGUUGCGCCAGUGCUGGACACAGUGGCAGGACGCUACAGUCGGCUGAAGUUGAAGGGAGAGCCAAUGACGAUCAUAGAUGCAGUCACAGAUGCAGAGGAAGAUUCGGUCAUGCAGGUUAUCACCACACUCUUCCCUUCCAUCAAUCCUGCAACAGUGACCAAGCAACAAGCAGACAAGGAUCCAGCAUUCACUGAGUGGGUGCAGAAACACUGCCGGCAACGUCAGUAUCUGUUUCAGAUACGCAAAUGUGAUGACCCUGAAUGCUGUUCCGUACCAUCCCUCCCGUCUGAAAGGAUGAUCUGGCUUCCUGACCCAAUGCCUGAUGCUUCUGGUGACCAUUACUUGACUCUGGCUGAGGUUAUGGGCAAAGACACAGAUGACGCCCAUCGACCUUCUGCCCAACUGUCACACAAACACAAACAAGCUGCAUGUGUUGACUUCUUUUUGUCGGACGCACUAGAGAAGCAGCAGAAAGAGUCUGGGCUGUUUACUGCCCAACAUGCACGGGCAGUAGUCGGCUGCAUGGAAUGCUCUAAACCAAGAGUGAUCUACUCAAUGCGCCUCCUCUCUUCUCGCCACCAGGCCACACUGGCAGAGGCCUUGUCAGAUGAUGGCAUGGAUUACACAUGUGGGAGUUACAUCCUGGAGCCCCAACAUCCACUUGCAUCAACUGUGCAGGUCAGGCUGUCUCUCUCGUGUGGUGAUCCCAUAGAGCUGGCCUACUACCGGGCACCCUUUGGGAGGCAAGAUCUCUGUGCACACUGUGGCAGGCCUCAGGGCAACACCUGCCCAGCCCUGUUAUUGAAAUUUAAAACGGUCUUGCCCUGCUGCCCCAUUUGUAUUGGGGCUGAAAAAAAGCACAUUGUGGCCAGACCCUACGGCAAGCAGAAAUGA